AUGCUCAAGAAGGCUACUUCGGCUGGGCCUUCAUUCACUCCCCCUGGGCGUAAGUUGAUAAUGGGUCGCCUCCUCGAGGAUUGUAAGAAAAACACAGACGCGGCAUUAACGAAGGUCACUUCGGCAUGGAGCGAGAUUGGUGUCUGCAUUGCGAGCGACGGUUGGACGGAUGGGCAGGAACGCCCGCAGUUGAACUUCUUGGCGGUCAAUACGCAAGCGUCCGUGUUCUUAUUCGGCGUCGACUGCGGAUCGGAUAAGAAAACGGGCCUGUUCAUCGCGGAGCACUUGAAGACUGCUAUCAACAUGGUGGGAAGCGACAACGUUGUUGGGGUGCUGAUGGAUGGAGCAAGUAGUUGCGUCAGUGCGGCCAACAUCAUUAAGGAUGAUUUUCCAAAGAUACAAUACAUCCGAUGUGCUGCACACUCCCUCAACAACCUUAUAAAGGACAUCGGUGCCCGACCUUGGGCGGCGAAGACCAUCGAGGACGCGCAGGGUACAAUUUCUACACUGAAGAACUCUCAUUGGGUCACCGGUAAAUUACGGGAGCAGAAUUUGCUUCUUCUUCUCAAGCCUGCAGGCACGCGCUUCGGCACCAACUACAUUGCUUUGGAGCGACUUCUUAAAGUGCGGGAGGUAUUGGAUCGGUUGGUGACGACCAAAGGAUGGGAGGAAAAUGCGGCAAAGAAGGAGAAAAUGAGGGGUGUCAAGACAUUGGUUAGAGACGACAACUUCUGGAAAGGGGUCGAGCAAGUGCUGAAGGUUCUCAAGCCGGUUUACCUGCUGUUGCGAGGGAUUGACAGCAACCAGGAGGUCAUGGGAAAAAUCUACGACAAGAUGUUUCGCGUGGAGGAUGCGGUCAACGAGGCAUGUCGUAGAUUACCUGCCACUGAGAAGAAUGCGAUUGCAAAGGCUGUGAGCGACUGGUGGAAUGACAACAUCAACUGUGCACUCCAUGUUGUCGGUCGGAUACUGUACCCGCCGAACCAAUUUGAGAAGAUCUUUGGCGUGGACAAAGAGUGCUCGAGGAUAUUUCGACGAUUCAUUCGAGAAUACUAUGAUGGAGAGGUGGUGGUCGAUGAGGACGGCGACUCUAAGCCUAUGGCUACUGUGAUUGAAGAGGAGUUGAUGAUCUACCUUCAAGGCGUUGGGGAAAUUGGUGAUAAGAAGGCACGUGAGGAUCACGAGCUCAUAAAAAAGGUUGGACGGGUGGAGGAGGAGGAGAAGGACGAUACCUACGAGCCACUCGAUGACGAGGAACUCGAGGAUUGCUGUUACAAGGAGUCGAAUGAUGAUGUUUAG